ACUUCAUGUCAGUCCCAUCGGCUUGGCGUAGGCUUCUCUUCUUGACCAACCAAAACCCCCAAAAAUCUUAAGAGAUGGCACCCAAGAAGGCCAAGAGGAGGCAGCAGCAGGGAGAGGGUGGAUCCUCCAACGUGUUCUCCAUGUUUGAGCAGAGCCAGAUCCAGGAGUACAAGGAGGCUUUCACAAUCAUUGACCAGAACAGAGACGGCAUCAUCAGCAAGGACGACCUGAGGGACGUGCUGGCCACCAUGGGCCAGCUGAACGUGAAGAACGAGGAGCUGGAGGCCAUGGUGAAGGAGGCCAGCGGCCCCAUCAACUUCACCGUCUUCCUCACCAUGUUCGGAGAGAAGCUGAAGGGUGCUGACCCCGAGGACGUUAUUGUGAGCGCUUUCAAGGUCCUGGACCCAGAGGCCACCGGACUCAUCAAGAAGGAAUUCCUUGAGGAGCUUCUGACCACCCAGUGUGACAGGUUCACCGCUGAGGAGAUGACCAACCUGUGGGCCGCGUUCCCCCCAGAUGUGGCCGGCAACGUAGACUACAAGAACAUCUGCUACGUCAUCACACACGGAGAGGAGAAGGAGGAGUAAAAUCCACCUCUCUCAGCUUCUCUACCUCUCCGAUCAUCCCCCUUCACUUCCCCCUUCUCCAACUCUGUGGUUUCCCUCUCUCGCUCUCCCUCCCUUCCUCUCUUUACCCUCAUCUUCUCCAGACGAAAGACUUGUCUUCGUUGUGGACAGACUGAGUGGGCUGGGGACCUGGGGAGUGUGUACGUGAGAGUACCAGCAGGGGACAUGGGAUUAUUUACAAUAAAAUAAUCUUGUAACAUCGAAUCAACUCCUCUCUCUAUCUCCCUCCCUGCCUCUGGUUUCUCCUCUUUUCCACCUAUCACUUACUCCUGUCUCUCUCUCUGCCCAGUCCAACAGUGCAUGCAUCAUACCUACAUCUUGUUAGUGUAUACCGCAGUCAGUUAAUGCUGCUGUUGUCUUGGGUGCUGUGGUGCAUGCUCACUUGUUUAUUUGAAACAAAUAAGCUGUGACCUGCGAGGCCUGUUGUUCUGGACCUGAGCAGGAGUGCUUGAGGGACACGUCCCCGAGCUAGCUUCGGAAAGGAGAACCACGUAAAAGAGGGGAGUACUGUACUACAAUAGCUUACCUACCCCUCUCUCUUAACUUAUCUCUCUCUCCUAUGUGGAGGGAUGAAUGGAAGGGUGUCAGAACCAGAGGAAAGCAGGAUUAGAUCCUGUUAAAAAAGAGAGAUAGCGAAAGACGAGAAGGACGAAGCUGAGAGGAAAAGAGACAAAAGGAAACUUCUUUGUUUCACCUUCUCCUCUUCGUCCUCUCUGCUGUUUCUCCCCUGCUGCCCAGCUGUGUCUAACUCUCCAUUUCACCAGAAAACCUCUGUAACGUAAAAGUACUGAAGUACAAAAUAAAAACCAAUGUCUUUCGUA